GCCGCCCUUCCGCAUCUCGCAGGGGCCGCCAUGGGGGCGCAGCUCAGCACGUUGGGCCGGAUCGUGACUUACCCAUUAUGGUUAAUCUACUGGACCUUCACGAGGAUUUUCAGAAAUCCUCAUCCUGCAAUUACUCUGAAGGAUCCUGAAGUGAAGUAUGCCUUGAGGCUGAUUGAUAAAGAGGAAAUUAGUCAUGACACGAGAAGAUUUCGAUUUGCACUUCCUUCUCCAGAUCAUAUUCUGGGCCUCCCUAUAGGGCAGCAUAUCUACCUGUCUGCUCGGAUCAACGGGGCUCUGGUCAUUAGACCCUACACUCCUGUUUCCAGCGAUGAUGACAAGGGCUUUGUGGAUCUUGUUGUCAAGAUUUACUUCAAAGGUGUCCAUCCAAAGUUCCCUGACGGAGGGAAGAUGUCUCAGUACUUGGACAGCCUGAAAAUAGGGGACACUAUUGACUUCAGAGGACCAAGCGGCCUGCUUGUCUACAAGGGAAAAGGCCAGUUUGCUAUUCGUCCGGAAAAGAAAGCUGAACCAGUUUUAAGAAAAGUGAAAUAUGUGGGGAUGAUCGCAGGUGGGACUGGGAUAACACCGAUGCUGCAGAUCAUUCGAGCUAUCAUGAAAGACAAGGAUGACCACACCAUUUGUCAGCUGCUGUUUGCCAAUCAGACUGAGAAGGAUAUCCUGCUACGUAACGAACUGGAGGAGGUCCAGGUCCAGAAUCCCACUCGCUUUAAGCUUUGGUACACGCUGGACAGAGCACCUGAAAAUUGGGAAUACAGCGAAGGGUAUGUGAACCAAGAGAUGAUCAGAGAUCACCUGCCGCCCCCCCAGGAUGAUGUUCUGAUUCUCAUGUGUGGCCCUCCUCCAAUGAUCCAGUAUGCCUGCAUUCCCAACUUGGACAAACUGGGCUACACCAAGGACAUGAGGUUCUCCUUCUAAAGAAGGCGGAAAACUCRGUGAUCUUGUGUGCAAGGGAGGAAAAAACACUUAAUGGGGAACAAGACAAAGUUACACGAGUGGCUGAUGCACAGUGCUGAGAAGCUGCAUUUAGGUUGAAGUUGCUUCAGUUUUUCCAAAUUCUGGCGAGUUAAGACACUUAACUGUACUCAAAUUGUGCUGUUUUGCACAGAAACAGCGGGGCUGCAGGGGGCAGAGGUGCUGGUUGCUCAGUUAUGUUGUACUUGCUGUGGCUCUUCUCCAGAAAGAUGGUAUCCCACCCAAGGAAGGGGGUUGUGGCUUCCUAGGGGGCUGAAACUCUGGUUUACGCUUUACUAGUGCUGUAAUCAAAUGGCAGUCGUGUCCUGCUUCCCAGCACUGUGCAUACCCCAAAUUUGAUUUGAAAUAUGAAAAUAUAUGGAAUGUGCUGGAUUAUUUACCUUGCUUAUGCCAGCCUUAAUUCUUGCAGAGCUUUUACACCAUGAAGGCCAGGAGUGUUUGCCUUGUAUGCGUAGCCUUUACAAYGACAGACGCUCCAAGGUGACCGUUGAGUUGAGGGAUGGCCAUUUGUGACCCCGUCAUGCAAGUUGCCAUGUUAAUCAGAGAGGCAGAGAGCAGCACGUGAUUUGUUUCCUGUGUAUUUUGGAAUGGCCUCUCUGAAAUGCAGAUGCUUUUCCCAGCUGUCCACUUGGAGUAGCCCUUCCCAGGAACUAUGACGAGCAGGAGGUUUUAGUCACCCUUCCAAAACAGCCACAAAUCCUGGCUCGGAUGUGUACUGAAUGCUGAAAAAAAUACUAGCUUCUGGAUUGACUUUUAAAUAGCAGGAGGUGAUAUAGGAGUACCAAAGUAGGUGUUUCGCAUGCACCCUGCAGGGGAAAUACCUGGGUGGUGAAGGUGGUCUGCUUUGGGUUUCCUGUUAUCCACAGAUGGAUCUGGAAYGAGAGGAGCUGAGCGCACAUUGCAGGAGCCUCCCCUGCUUCUGCCCAGCACAGGCAAAACUCCAAGUGAUUUGCUUGAAAAGGAUGCAUGGGAAAAGCUUUAAGUCACCUAAUGGCAACAAAUGGCGCUCUGAGUCYGGAGCUGUUCCUUGGAUACUGUUUUUCAUAGCUCUGAUUUUUUUUUUUAUUUGUUUUAUACAGCAGCUUUUAACCUAACCUGUAGUAAACUUACAGCACCUUGCUUGCAGGAGCAUCUGCUUCCGAACAGCAGGGAUGCUGCUCAGACUAUGGCUGUUCUGCAAGGAGUGCCUGAAACUCAAAAUCUUGUUCUGGUGAUGGAAAGGGGGGUGAUUUGAAAGAAUGGUUAAUGAAAUGCCAAGUAGUGGGGCUGCUAGAGAGCUACC